GUAUUUCUAUCGCAAUGCUGCCCUCUACUGAAGUCCAGUAUGUUUCUAAGCGGACUCCUGCUGCUCUUUCUGCUUCCUGAUUGGACAGAAGCCAUUGAAGGUGACACUGUGGACAUCAAUACUCUCGCACGUAUUAUUGAUUUCUUCGAGCAAAACUAUAAGAGAGUUGAUAAAGAUGGACAUCCUCGUCAGUACGCUACAGCCAUCAAUGUGCCGAAGCAUCAGUGUCAACAGAACUUCGAUCAGAACAACUUUCUGACUCAAGAGAAUGCAGUGAAUGUGAAAAAUGCUAUUACUGAUGAAACAAACGCACUUUACCAAGGUGCAGAACUCAUCGCUGCAGGAACUAAAAAAGAAGGAUUCAACAUACAUUCAGAGUCUCUCCUGCUGAAUCCUGCUGACAACUCGCCCAUGACCAAACUACUGAAUAAAAGAAAAGACGGCUGCUCUGUUUUCUACACGUUUGAGUCUCCCUGUGUUGACUCAUGUUUGAAUGAGACAAGGGACCACAACAUUUUAAAGGCCCUGAAGAACUGGAAAGAACACAGUGGAAUUAAAGCUUUUGUUUUCAAGAAUAUCUGGAAGCAUGACGAUGGAAAAGAUCUUCAACCCGAAUUUAAGAAGAUUGUGGCUCAUGUUCCUCUCUACCGCUGUGUGAGUAAGAAACAGUGUUAUGCUUGUAAAGGGGAAGGAAACACUCCCAUAAACGCACACUGUUUGCCUCCAAAAAGAUCAAAGAUGAAUUGUAACAGUUCUGUGAGUUUAUUAAAUCUUUAUUAAGAUCUGCUAUCUUUUGUUUUUAAAUUCAAUAUGGAUAAAUGAACUACUAAAAUGCAUUUAAAAAUGAAAAACAAAUAAAAUACUUCCACUUGGAAAACAUUUGCUUUACAUUUAUUCAUUUACUCCAAUCUUACUCUACUCCAAUCUUAAAAAUCCUCUUUUGUAAGAUUGGAGUAGGCUAUGGGCUGCAGUAAUGCACAUAAACACACUCACAGUUCUCGUGAAAAUAUCAAAGAGGAGGAUUUCAGAAAGCAUGUGGUGUAACCUACACGUCAUGCUACACUUUUGCUAAAUAACAGGGUCUUCAGCCAGCUGCAGCAAACGCCUGAAGACUUAACGUAAGGGAUUGUUGCAACCAGGCCUUGGACAGUACUGCUGAUUAUUAAGACUGGAAGACAGUUAUUAUAUUCCAUAGACACAACUCCUGUAAAGUUUCAGGAGUGACAACCACAUUUAAAUGCUGCAUAAAAUCAAAAUGAACACUACUUUAGUAGUUGUUGGAUAUUGGUUGGGACAAGUCAUAGCGUUUCUACUAAAUUCUACACCCUUGAAAAUCAUAACAAGCAAUGCACAACUUUGGAAACUAUAGUUCUCUCCUUAAAUAUGAAGAGGUCAAGCAACAGAUUAAUAAAUUAAUCCAAAUUUCACAAAACGUUUAUGGGCGUACUUAUAAUAUGAGUUAGACACUGAAGUGAGUUGCUGUCACUCUUCUGAGGAAGAUGCAUUCACUUGUUUUGGCAAUGCACCCAGAAAGAGAAAUUUUGGUUAGAUUUUUAAAAUUUGAUCCAAUCUCAUUUUGUAAGAGACUUUUCUUUCUGUUUUGAAGAUGUUUUCUUUGGAUUGUUUGACUACUCGUAAGAGAAGGAAAAUAUAACUUAAUUAAUUUGUGUUUCCUGCUAGCUAAGUUUCACAUACGUAAGCAAAAAACAAACAAACAAACAAAGUUACUACCCUUUUACUAAAAUAAAACCAUGGUUAAUUUUCUUAAAGGAUUUGUGUUUGUGUAUUCUUUCUUUCUUUCUUUCUUUUUCUUUUGUUUUAUAACUGUACUACCUUAAUGGUUUGAUGUUUUGUAGUGUUUAU